AUUCAAAUUGAUAAUGAAAUACAAAACUUAAUUCCAAUUAAGUUGAUUGAUAUAAAAACAAAUUCUAGAGCUGAUUUAAAUGAACAAUCUGAUAUAAAUGAUCCUAAAAUAAUAGAACAA